GGAACUACUUUGCUCGCUUUGUUUGUGUUGUGGUUGUAAAUUGGUCACGUGCAGCUGAUCGUCUGUCAAUAAUCAAACUCAAGAUGUGGAAGAUAGACGCAGGGGUUUUAAAAAUUGGUGGCAAACAAGCAGUUGAUGAAAAUGGAAAGAAAUAUCCGAAGGUUAAAUCCGUCAAAGAGAGUAAAUUUGUCUACUUGAUUUAUUUCAUUGGUCAGAAGAAGGGGCUUAAACUGGGCAAAGACAAAUAUACAGGUUCCAUUGAAGUAAUCAAAAGUUUUCAGGCCAAACCCUCCAGAAAAAUAACCAAAGAAAAAGAGAACAGACUGCCAGAAGUAACCCAUAUUGAGCCCAGUUUUGGUAAAUCUGUUGAAGAUGAUAAAUUGAUUGGUGAAUUUACUGUUGAUGCUCAGACCCUUUCUAGCCCACCACAGGAAUAUUUAUGCAGGACAGUAAGAGAGGACUGGGUUGUGGAGAUAAGAAAUAAGAUACGUGAGCAAGCAGCAAUCCCACAGGGGACACAUCUGCCUGUGCUAGUGGACCCAUCACAGAAAAAAAAAUCAGACGCAAAUUUGUUCCUGAAGUUUUCACUGCCUACUGCAACUCACUGACAGCAAUACCAGUGUGUAGUAAUGGUGAAGAGUCAGAAGUUUCUGCUCCAGAACAAGUGGACAUAGAUGAAGCAGCAGCAGCUGAUACACAACCACCUGUUACUCAAUCCUCACCUCAAAAUUUUCAAAUAAAUAUUGUUAUAAAAAGUAAGGGAAAGGAAAUUGUAAUUACUGAGGAAGCACAGAAAGUUAUUGAUUUUCAUAAAUCUAUUUUAGAUAAAGCUCUUACAAAAGUACUUCCUUUGGAAGAGUAAAGUAAUUAAAUAUUAAUGUAAUUUAUAAUUCACUUCUAAACAAUUUUCUAAAAGCUUCAUUAUAAUGUCCUCCAUUAUAUACACUAGCUGUAGUGUAAUAGAUUAAAAAAAAAUAAUCU